UCUUAUGUGGACAAAAAAGGACACAGCUAAACUAUCGACAUGGACUUUAGCACGACUAGAGAACUAAUAUUCAUAUUUAGCUAGCUAGCUAGCUGAGCUUCUGUAGUAGUACAUGGGGCUUUGUCGGCUGGGACACAAGUUGCUGGUGCAUAUACCCAAAACUUUUUAUGAAAUGGCGCUGUUGACGAUAUGUUGGAUGUCGAAAACAAGCGUUUGGCUGAAAACCUCGCAGGCAAAGUCUCCAGACUAAAAUCGCUUGCUUAUGAUAUUGACAAGGAAGCAGAGGAACAGAAUAUGUAUCUGGAUGGCAUGGAUUCUAAUUUCCUGAGUGCCACUGGGCUGUUGACUGGCAGCGUAAAGAGAUUCUCCACCAUGGUACGAUCCAGCCGGGAUAACCGCAAGAUCAUGUGCUACGUUUCAAUUGGACUUGUACUGGUGUUCUUCUUGCUGUACUACUUGGUCUCUAGGAUCCAGAGCUGAGCUUGAUAAGGACACAAGGCCUGACUGAUUUCACUACUUUGUUACAGGGUUUUUCCAUAUUUCAGGAAAAGUCUGGAAAAAGAAUCAAACAAGCUGAAUUUAAAAGUUCAUGCGUAAUAUAGAUAUUAUACAGCCCUACAUCAUAUUAAUCUCUAGAAAAAAACUUCAAAAUCCCAUCAGGAAACUAAGGUCUGUAAAAUUAUACAAUUGGGAAAUGGAUAACAUGGAUGAGCCCUUGUGCUCCCUAUUUCAGUUGGGUUUUUUUUUUUGUUUUUUUUUCCUUAAUGCUGACAUGAUUUAGGUUUAAGUUUCAGGAGGCUAGGAAUAGUCUUAGCAAAAGUUUUAUCUCAUGCCAUGUGGGCGCACAUCCAGAAAUGCAACUUACAUCUCAGUUUUAUGAGAGAAAAAAAUCCAUGCACAUAUUUAUUAGAACUAUCAAAGUAACAACAUUUGUAAAUAUGGUGUGGAAGGCAUAAAGAGUGAAUGUACAUAUGUAAAAUUUAGAUAUGUAUGAGUAUAAUCAGUGCAAACUAACAAUUUUUCCUAAAGGUUUAUAGUUUGUAAGCAAAAAGUUAAUAAAUUACAAUAGAUAUGGAAACUAGUUGAAAGGUGGUAUUAUAAACUGUUUGCUUGGGUGGUAUUAACUAGACUUUUUGUAAACGAAAGUAACAUGAGAUUAGAAGAUAUAACUCGUGCUUUUGUAACCGAGACUAAGUCAACUGUUGUGUGCGAGUCAGACUACAUGCCAAGUCUCUGAAAUCAAUUUAUUUUUAUGAUGACUUCACUGAUUAAAAGUGGGCUUGUCACAAAUUAGUUAGCACGGUCACCUCACAGCAAGAAGGUCCUGGUUUUGAGCCCCGGGGUAGUCCAACCUUGGGGGUUGUCCCGGGUCGUCCUCUGAUUGGAGUUUGCAUGUUCUACCCAUGUCUGUGGGUUUCAUCCAGGUGCUCCAGUUUCCUCCCACAGUCUAAAGACAUAUAGGUCAGGUGAAUUGGCCCUACUAAAUUAUCCCUAGGUGUGAAUGUGUGUGUCAGUCCUGUGAUGGCCUGGCAUCCUAUCCAUGGUGUCUCCCCGCUCACCGCCGAAUGACUGCUGGGAUAGGCUCCAGCAUCCCCGCCACCCUGAGUAAGGAUAAGCGGUUUGGAUAAUGGAUGGUAAGGACAAAAGGUACUUGUGAAGCCCAGUAAUCUCCUGUCAAGUGAGGGGCGUUAAGUUCGUGCAAUUCUCCAUCUUUAACAGAGAACUAUAUAAAGUAAUCCCUCUCCAAAAGGAACCAAGCAACUAGACAUGCUUUUUUUUAUUGAAGGGUUUAUGGCUUUGUUACAUUGAUGUAUACCUGUUUUCUGUUGAUGUUCUGGGACACCACAGUGAAAACAACUUUUUCUUUUUCACCUGUGUUUUAUGUCUUUUUUGUGAUUUUUUUUUUCUUCCUUGUUAUUUAAAUACCUUUCAACUCUGGUCUCCAUCUUGACACCUGAACCACUAAUUUAGCUGUGUUUGACAGGGGUAAGUGGAAAAACUCCAGGAGGCUGGAGAGCUAGCUUUGCCUUCACAUCAUUCCUUUGUUUAAAGCUUAUCAGGAGAUGAUACCUGUUGGUGUAAUAAAUCUAUAAUAAAUUGUACAGUUGACCUGAGAUU